AUGUAUAUUGGCACCAAUUUUUGGUAUGGCGCUAAUCUUGCUUCACCAGGACCGGGUGGCAAUCGUCCACGUUUACUACGCGAAUUGGAUCGAUUACAUUCAUUAGGUGUCGAUAAUUUACGCAUACAAGCAGGUAGUGAAGGUCCAAAUACAGAGCCAUGGCGUAUUGUUCCUUCGAUGCAACCUGAACCUGGUUCAUAUGAUGAAGCCGUUUUGGAUGGUCUAGACUUUCUCUUGUAUGAAAUGAACAAACGACAAAUGCGUGCAGUAAUGUGCCUGAAUAAUUUUUGGCAUUGGUCAGGUGGUUUUGGUCAGUAUGUAGUUUGGGCUGGAGGUGCAAACUCAAUUCCUUAUCCAGGCGAUUACGAUGCAUAUGAAUUAUUUUCUGCAAGAUUCUAUGAGUUACCACGAGCAGUAGAAUUGUUUAACAAUCAUAUUCAAUUUAUAGUAAAACGUACAAAUAAAUAUAACAAUAUAUCCUAUACAGAAGAUCCAACAAUUAUGUCAUGGGAAUUAGCUAAUGAACCUCGUCGUUUGAAUCUUACAUGGGUAAACCAUACUGCUUGCUUACUUAGACAACUUGCUCCAAAGCAAUUGAUUACUACAGGUGUCGAAGGCAGCAUUUCAUCGAAAAACUUCUCAAAUGAUCAUGCCAGUUCAUGUAUUGAUUAUGCCACAUUUCAUUUAUGGGUACAAAAUUGGGGUAUCUAUGAUCCCCACAAUGCUUCAGCUACACUGCCAUUAGCUCUAGAAUUUGCUAAGAAAUAUAUCGAUGAUCACGCCGCCUACAAAGAUAAACCCAUCGUAUUAGAAGAAUUCGGCAUAUCUCGAGACAACGAUGAUCAUAGUUCAGCGGCAUCUAUUACAGUGCGUGACAAAUAUUAUGAAGCUGUCUUUCAGUUUGCUUAUAAUCAUCACAUACCCGUCAAUUUUUGGGCUUAUGGAGGUGAAGGACGACCACGAAUUCCACGUGCUAAUUGGACACAAGGAGAUGAUUUUAUUGGUGAUCCACCACAUGAACCUCAAGGCUGGUAUUCCGUGUACGAUACCGAUAAUAGUACACUCGAAAUCAUUCGUCAUUUUGCUUCGAUGACAACAACAAAAUCAUCAGCCAACACAUUAGUCUUUUCUAUUGUCUUACACUUUUUCAUUAUAACAAUUUUCAUAUAA